AUGGCUGUACGAGCACAAUUCGAAAAUUCCAACGAAGUUGGGGUCUUCGCCAACCUGACCAACAGCUACUGCCUAGUCGCCAUCGGGGCGUCGGAAAACUUCUACUCGAUUUUCGAAUCCGAACUCGCCGAGCUCAUUCCUAUUGUGCACUGCACCAUCGCCGGCACCCGCAUCAUCGGUCGUCUGACGACCGGCAACAAGAACGGCCUUCUCGUGCCGACAUCGACGACGGAUCAAGAAUUGCAACAUCUGCGGAACAGUUUACCGGACGAAGUGAAGAUUCAGAGAAUAGAGGAAAGAUUGUCAGCCCUGGGGAACUGUAUUGUCGCAAAUGAUCACGUUGCCCUGGUGCAUCCCGACAUCGAGCGUGAGACGGAAGAAAUCAUCGCAGACACCCUGGGAGUGGAAGUGUUUCGCCAGACCAUUGCCGGAAACGUGCUGACAGGGUCUUACAUGUCUCUGUCGAACCAAGGCGGCCUGGUCCAUCCCAAGACCAGCAUCCAGGACCAAGAUGAACUCAGCUCUUUAUUACAAGUCCCCCUGGUCGCUGGCAGCGUGAAUCGGGGAAGUUCGGUUGUCGGCGCCGGCAUGGUGGUCAACGACUGGCUUGCAGUAACAGGCAUGGACACCACCGCCACCGAGCUGAGCGUCAUCGAGAGUGUCUUCAGGCUCGGUGAAGGUGGACCAGGUGGGGUCGAUGCAAGAAUGAAUGCCAACAAGGAAAGCAUCGUCGAGAGCUUCUACUAG